UCCUCCCGAGGACUAUACAUUAACCGAAAAGUUUAGGGGUGGCAGAGGGGAGGGUCUAUUACCUAGUAUGAAGCGGAGAGCGGGGUGACGGAGACUGCAUUUACGCAGCGUUUUGUACGUUUACGGGACAAGAAAAAGGUUUUUCUUGUAUGGUCACUAGCAAUUAAGUUGGUUUGGUUUGAGCUGAGUAUUUGGUGUCGAAAUUCUAAUUGAGGACAUACGAACGCUGAAGAGUUAAGAAGAUGAGAAAAGUGAAUGGAGGAUUCAUGUGGAAGAAUAUGUUUUCGGCUUUAAAGGAGUUACGAUCUAUUUCAUCAAUUUCACAUUCAAAUCAUCUGAAUCAAAGAUCAGCAUGGGCUAUCACUUCACUCUCCGUUCUUCGUUUUUACUCAACUGAAAUGCAACCUCAACUCUCGAAUGAACUUAUCAAAAUAAUUGGACAAAAGCUAUUGGCCAUAGAGCGCAGGAGUGCUUGUCUUGAGAAUAUCAUAAAUCGGCCGGAAGUUUCACCAACAGAGUAUGCUAGUGCUAAUAAAGAGCUUCGGAAAAUAAGGGGUUCAAUGGAACUUCUAAAUGAAUUGAGGACCAAACAGAAGGAGAUUGAUGAGUUGAAGUCACUGAUGGCUGAAUGUCCUGAGGAUAAAGGCAUGCUUGAUAUGGCAACAGAGGAAUUGAAUCAAGCUGUUGAAGAAGAGAAAAGGUUACAGUGUUUGCUGCUCAAGUCUAUGCUUCCUAAGGAUGAUGCUGACGAGAGGGACUGCAUUUUGGAGGUGAGAGCUGGAACAGGAGGGGAAGAGGCCUCUUUGUUUGCAAUGGACAUAUUUAAAAUGUAUGAGAGAUACUCUCAGAAGAAAGGUUGGAAAUUUGAUGUUGUAGAUGUAACAGAGUCUGAUCUGAGAGGAUACAAAGAAGCUAGUGCAGCAAUCUCAGGAGCUGGUGUCUAUGGGAAACUUAAAUUUGAGAGUGGAAUUCAUAGAGUUCAGGUUUCAACUCGUGUUCCUGUGACAGAGAAGUCUGGACGAGUUCAUACCAGUGCUGUCUCUGUUGCUAUCCUUCCUCAGGCUGAUGAGGUAGAUGUCCAGUUGAGGAAUGAAGAUUUGAGGAUUGAUACCUAUAGAUCUGGUGGUUCAGGUGGUCAGCAUGCAAAUACUACCAAUAGUGCUGUCCGAAUAACUCAUAUUCCAACAGGGAUGACUGUGUCCAUCCAAGACGAACGAUCUCAACACAUGAACAAAGCUAAAGCACUUAAGGUUCUAUGCGCAAAGUUGUAUGAAAUGGAAAGGUUAAGAAUUCAGAUGAGUAGAUCAAAACUUCGAUCAGAGCAGAUCGGUAGUGGUGAUAGAUCGGAGCGUAUCCGAACUUACAACUUCCCUCAAGGGCGUGUCACAGAUCAUCGUGUUAGCAUCACUCAUCAUGCAAUAAGUGAUGUGAUGCAGGGAGAAAAUCUUGAUAUCUUCAUAGAUGCUCUUCUUUUACAGCAGGAAAUGGAUGCAAUUGCCUCAUUCAGUUCUAGUCGGUGAUACUAGCGAAGGUCUUUACCCAGGACCUAUUUUUGAUAGUAUUACUGAAUGGUGCUAAGUUUUAGUAGAUUAUUUGUUUUAAAACUUGAAUGGUUAGCCUCAUAAGAGUAUUUUUGGUUGUUUUUUUUUUUUUGUAAGAAUAAACCUUUCUUAUUACUUAAAUAAGUUGUUUGAUUUGGUGAA